CCAUUAUUGGCAUUAAAAUUUGGCACUUUAAGGAGCAGCAGUGACUACUAAAAUGUCAAAAAAUGCGACGCGAACGAGCAGCAAGAACGUCAAAACGGAAGUGCCGAGGAAGGUCACCAAAUCACCGGCAACAAGUGUCCCGGCGAGCACAAGGGAGACAAAGGAACGAAGGUCACUGGCCAGGCAACCAGAUAGCUUGGAAGGUGAAAAAAUUGCCAAGAAAACCACAUCAACGAGCAGCAAAAAGCCACUGAGCACGGGGAAAAGCAAGGAAAGGGAACCCUUGAGCAAGAGGACCACUCCGUCACCAGGUGCAUUGCGUGCGAGCACCACUACCACCAGACAAGCAACCACAAACCCACCCUUGCAGUCGAAAUCCAAAACACAGCCCGUGGCCAAAUCCAAGCCCAAUGCAGUUCUGGACACGUACCACAGUGUUACAGUGGCUUCACCACCGCAAAAGCGCAAGGGACAGGCCAAACAGGAGAAGGAAUCACCCACACCUACUUCAAAAGCAUAUUCCCCUGUUGCUCAGGCGAAAAAAGAGCAUAAAUCUACUACUUCUCCUUCAAAAAGAGAUGCUCCUGCUGCACUUCCUUCAAAAGAAGAUGCCCCUGCUGCACCAGCAAGAGCCAGAACCUUUACCCGCACUUUGGAUCCUGAGGAAGUCGUGGUUCUCAAGCGCGAAUCCGCCAAGCAGAGGAGCGAAGUGGAACCGCCACCCGUAAAACAGCCCGUGGCCUUUGAAGUUAAUUUCGAGGAAACCAAGAAGCCAGAUCCGGAAUCAGAUCACUACUCCGAUGACUUUGAGUCCUAUGAAUCCGAUUUCGAGACGGAUGCCAGCACGCCAGGAGAGGAAGAAUCAGAAGCGGCAGAGGAGCCCUCCUCCUCCGAGGCAGAAGUGGAAGAAGAGGAGCCGGAAGAGGACUCGGAGCCCACCCAGAAUCCCAUCACUGUGAUCCAGAAAGAUAAAGAUCAGGAACGCAAAUUAGACUCUGGCCACUAUGACUUGCACUUACGCAGGAAUCCUUUGAGCAGCCAGUCCACGCAGAAUCAGUACGAUAGCUUCGAUACCAACUCGAUGGCCAACUCUGAGCAACUGGACUCCGGCAUCAGCACCACGGGAGCAGAGAAGCCGAGCAGUGGUGAGGCCAACGUGUACUACGGCGGCUACUCCGGAUUCGUGUCCCAUCCCGUGAUCAGUCGUCGCGGCGAGGAGCUGAUGGCCAAGCUGCGCUUUGACCAACUCAACUACCACCUAUUCGAGAUGAAGCCGCUCAGCUACGAGGGAUUCAUGCAGAGCUACGGCAAGCUAAAUGCCUGCCAGCUGGCCACGCAAACGCAGUCGCCGCAAAUGGACGGCGAGUGCCAGACGCUGGAGGUGCACAGCCGGAGCAGCUGGACCCAGCAUCCACCUCACUACGGUGGUCAAUUGGUACUCAGCUGCAGCGGUGAUGCGGAGAUGGAUGAGCUGUUGGAUAACCAGCCAUUAGAUGCCUAUGAAGCUAGCCUUUUGCGUUUGGAGCAACUGCAUCGUCUGGAUCAGAAUCGCUCGCAGCAGGUGCAGCAAAAGAGGUUGGCCAAAACCACGGAUCUGGACCGUCUGAAUACGUUUUUACACAAGGCAGCCCGACUUAUGGGUAGAGUUCUAGAGGGCAAUAAACACCCAAACCAAAAUAGCGGUCCUCGGAAUAUACCACUACAGACGGGACUGCUGAACGCUCUACCCGUUCGUCGAAUUUUUGGAAGCACCGGCAACGGACAUCUGGUGGUCACCGUCCACGAAUGUCCCCAGGAGAGCAACGUCUACAAGGAGGAUUUUGCCAGCCUGCUGAUGGUGUGGUCACUAGCCAAUCCCGGCCAGCCGUUGCGUUUGCUUUCCACCUGGGCGGAGGUCAGCCGCGUGGCAAUCUCUGGCGAAGCCCAGGAUAUCGUGGUGGCCGGACUGAGAGAUGGUAGUGUGGCCAUGUGGGAUCUGCGCGAGACGCACAGCUACUGCUCCAAGUUGGAUGGCCACCUGACCCACUUUGCAGCCACCCAAUCAGUGGUUCCCAUGCUGGAGCAGCAGCAACAGGAGGUGAAUGCCAUGGAUCUAGGAGCUGUGGUGGAUGUGCGCAGCUUCAGAUCUCAGUUCAAAGGAGGAGGAAUAGCUGGUGGCUUGCAGACGGCCUACAAGGAAGUCCAGUACGCCUCCCUUAACGACUCUGGCCUGCUGACCAUGUGGACUCUGGUGGAGGGAGCCUCGUCCAGCAACAGCAACGAGUUCAGCUCGCCGUGGGCUCGGGUGAAGCUGCUGCAGAGUGCCAGCUGUGAUCUGAGGAGCUAUCUGGAGCGACGCCUGCUGAGGAGCAAGCAAAGUGCCUACGAGAAGACCAAGUCCCUGUUCCAGGGCAACAUCUACAGCGACGACCUGCUGAGGGAGCUGAACGAGACCCAAACGCUGACCACCGCUCUGCAGGAUCAGGGAUUGCAGGGGAUGCGCUUUACCAGCAUCGAUACGGGAAGUGAUCUCAUCUACGUGUGCACCAAUCGGAACUUUGUGCUCUGCUGCACCAGGAGCUUGAAGACGGAACGGUUCUCGAGGAUCGCUGUGAACGAGAGUCGUUUCCUGUUCCCCACCUCACUAUGUGUGCUCUCCAACGAGAACUAUGUGGCCGUGGGUCUUUCCAAUGGAUCCGUAAUGAUCCUCAACUGCAAUCAGCGACAGAGGCAGCGCCAGAAGAAUCUCCAGAGACCCAAAACCGGACUUCCGCCGGCCACCGAUGAGCCCGAUCCCGAGACGGGCAAGUCCUGCGCCAUCCAGAACAUCAUACUCAACGAGCGAAGAUCCUUUGACCAGCAGGUGGAUCCCAAUCCCAAUCCCACCUACGAUCCCCGACCCAAUACAGCUCUGGAGCAGAUUGAGCGUCCCAGACGUUCCUACGAAAUGAGGAUAUUUGACCAGCAGCUGCUCCUCAGCGGCAGCGGCCUGCGUCAGCACCUCGUCCAGGCCCUGAUCCUCUCCAGCGACGGCUGGCGGCUCUCUGCCCUGACCAAUGGAACGGUGCGCACCUACGAUUUCUACCGCGACAGGGAGGUGUCCAGUGAACAGCCUGCGGAAAGUCGCUCCAAAGUCACGGAUGUCGCAGGAGCUCGUAGUUCUGGACACGAGCAGGUCCUGCUCAUCCUGGACGCGACUGGAAAGGUGCAAGUGCACACACUUGACUACUAGCUUGUUAAAUAUUUUCUAAUUUGUAUGCGUCUGUUAAAAACUUUUUUAAAGCAAAUAAAGUCGAUCUAGUCCUACCCGA